GAGGGGCGGGUCCUUGACGUUUUGUAUAUACACAUGGUACAUGGAAUGGCUGUUGCUCACUUACAGGAUGUCAUCCUUAAACCGGUCCAUGCCAAUGAGCACCACAAAUGUGGAAGAUUGACAGCGGGUCGGAGUUUUCAACGCUCAUAUGCAGUGCCUGCACAUCGUGAAGGCCGUAUACAAGCCUUACAUCGCCAUAACUUGCCCCUCGGCCCUUCACUUCCCAAAUCUGCCUCGGAUCAUCGAGCUCGAUAUCAUGGCGGCCUCAAUAUUCAAAACCCACUUAUCCGUCCCAGUUCCUUUUGACGAAACGGACCGCGUCGGCGCGGAUCCCGCAAUCCCAACAUCCUACCUCAAUUUCAAUGAUCCGGCAGCCCGCACGCCACAUCAGACAGCCGCCAAGCUUGCGUUCCCGGGUUACCCAGCAUCCAACAUCAAUCUUGCCAAGUAUGCCGGGGCCGUAUUGCCGCGCAUCAUGGGGUAUGCAGUGGGACCGACGAAGGAGGUGCGGAGGGAAGAGGAUCAGGGUGAGGAGGGGGAAGCACAUGAAGAGGAGAGGGUUAGGGUAUUGCCGAUUUGGCAUCAUGGGUAUGAUGCGCCAACAGGGGUUUCAGUCUUUACGGCGUCUUUUAAGAAGCCAGCGGCACAUAGUAUCACCGCCGAACGGGAGGAGAAUCGGAAGGCUGCUUUGAAGGAGAGGGCUGGAACCUUCCGCAUUCGCGGCAUCGAGGAGGUUACUUCCCAGGACAUCAGUCGCCGAUCAACGACAACACACACGAUCGCAUUCGGCGGGACCGAAGCAACACGAGCCGGGUUCCCGCACUUCAAUCCAACGCUGGCCGCAGCAACGCAAGCAUCGUACGUGAUAGAUCCUGCGAUCGCACCCCCGGCGGGCGUGGCUGCAAGAACCGCCUUACCGGCCGAGGGCAACGGCGACGAGCAUGAGAAGGACUCAGGGCAUGGUCAUGACGAACGGACCCACCGAGUCCCCAAGGCCUUUAUCGACGGAUUCAGUGAGGACGCACCACAGCACAACCUUCAUCAGCGGCGGUCGCACCAGCCGACAGCGCACGAGCGGCAGCGCCGUCAGCAGCGACGCGUUGGAGCGGGGAAGGGGCCGGGAGCCGGGUCAUUCCAAUACUCAUCCGACAAGCACUACAAGCUGACACAGACUUCCGAGACGCAUGGUGCAUACGAGGGCAACGAUGCGAUUUCGUUUGCCCGGGUCAGUCGAUUUGUGCCACGGGGUGAGGAGCAUGUGGUGGGCGGCGACGGGAUGCGUUGGGCAGGUUCGCGCGGCGAGGGGUCUGGGGUGUGUACAUGGGCAGAUGAAGUCGGGGCAGGUCGGCGUCGUUGGCGAGGAAAGAAUGAGCAGCAAGAUGUGGAUGAUCUGGGUCACAGACGAAUGACGAGGAAGGAGGCUAUGGACGCCCGCCAAGCAAUAAUCAGGGAUGGUGUGCGUGGCGGGUUGGGAAUAGGCAUUGCGGGGAAGUAAGGCUUGGGGCUGCCGAGAAGUAGGAAAUAGGUGAAUUCAUCUGUGUUGGGACGAAGAAUGCCACAACGGUUUUUGAAACGCUGCUGAUGGAGGCGUCAGGCCCUAGUUGCGUAGUCACGAGACUGUGUUUU